CUUUCAGCGGGGCAGGUUGGUUGUACUGAAAGCUCGCGCGUCUCCGCUUUUCCUGCAACUUUCCGACACUAACUUUAAACAAAAGUGAAGUGAACAUUUCGAUUGCGUUACAUUUUUUUGUUUGUGUUUAAUGUUUACACUCAGUUCCUACUAAAUCAACUUCUUAAUCGAACGAUUUCAACCAGUCUCCGCGACUGGGUCAUGCCAGCAAGCCUUCACCUGCACCGUUAAAACACCGGUCAAGAUUCCCAAGUCUCGCCAGAAAGCGCCGAGAUGCAACCGAAAACGAAGAGAUAAGAAAUAUAAGAAGGACGAGAGUCCGACGAUGUUCUCAUUGUCAGAGGGGUGCGGGUGCGUGAGCUUCCGCGGGGGGAGGAGGAACCGGUCCUUAGGGGACGAUUCUUCCUCCUGCCGCAGCUCUGAGAUUGAACAAGAAGUCCCUAAGAAGUUGGGACGGAGGCUCCUCGACGGACAAUGCAACGUGAGAGCUCUUGUGCCUUUCUUGAAGUUCUGGAAGAGGGAUGACGUCAGUAUGACGAAGGCUGAAAGAACCAUGAAAGCGGCCAUAUUAAUACAGCAGUGGUACCGGCGGUACCUGGCGCGGAUGGAAGUACGGAGACGGUAUACGUGGACCAUAUUCCAAAGCAUCGAGUACGCGGGAGAGCAAGAUCAAGUCAAACUGUACAACUUCUUCAACGCGCUACUGAGCCACAUGCGGGACAGCAGCGGCCGGGUGUCAUCGGAGCGUACAUCACGAACUGCUUCUGUGUUGGAGCAAGUAUUCUCGGAGGAGUCCGACGAGGGUGGGGGCGUGGACGAGACGGCGCCGCCGAAGCCGUCGCGCGGGCCCGACAUCGAGUUCCCACUGCAGCGGAAGGAUAUCGAUCUACUGAUUGAGGCCUUUAGGAAAAAAAAGAAUCGAUUUGAAAUAUACUCGACAUUCCAGCACCGUCUACAUGCGAAGCACGUGGCCCAGAUUCUGAAAGAGGCCACCCAACUACUGAAAAGACUCCCGAACAUUAACGUGGCCACCACCUCCAUCUCAAGCCAGAUUACUGUCUGCGGUGACCUGCACGGGAAACUCGAUGACUUGCUCGUCAUAUUUCACAAGAAUGGAUUGCCGUCGCCGGAGAAUCCUUACAUAUUCAACGGGGACUUUGUGGACAGAGGCAAGAAGGGCUUGGAGGUGUUCCUGUUGCUGCUGGCCUGCAUGCUGGCCUUUCCUGGAGGGGUGUACCUCAACCGCGGCAACCAUGAAGACUUGAUUAUGAACCAAAGGUAUGGUUUCAUAAAAGAGGUGCAACAGAAAUAUCGGCACAACGCUGAGCGUCUGCUGAAGCUGAUCGAGGGUGUGUACCGCUGGCUGCCGCUUGGCACCAUCAUCAACAACCGCGUGUUCGUGGUCCACGGAGGCAUUUCCGACACCACUGACCUGGACAUGAUCCGCAGCUUGGAGAGGGACAAAUACGUGUCGCUGCUGCGGCCACCGGUCACCGAGAACUGCGCACCAGGCUCCGAGGUCAUUGACAAGGUGGAGUGGAAACAGGUAUUCGACAUCCUCUGGUCAGACCCCCAGGCCGUGGGCGGCUGCGUGGCGAACGCGCUGCGCGGCGCGGGCACGUACUUCGGCCCUGACGUGACCACCUCGUUCCUGCAGCGGAACAAGCUCAGCUUCCUGAUACGCAGCCACGAGUGCAAGCCGGGCGGGUACGAGAUAUUGCAUAACGGAAACGUCAUCACAAUCUUCUCCGCAUCCAACUACUACGAGUUGGGCUCCAACAAGGGCGCAUAUUUGAAGCUAUGCGGUAACUCGCUCGAGCGGCAGUUCGUCCAGUACACGGCGGCAGUGUCGCGCACGAGACGGCUCACGUUCCGGCAACGCGUCGGACUCGUCGAGUCCUCGGCGAUGCGCGAGCUUCACAACCUCAUCAUGUCGGCGCGGAGGCCGCUCGAGGCCUAUUUCCGCAGCAUGGACGUGGAGCAAAGUGGAUACAUACCCAUCAGCGACUGGUGCGCGGCCAUGGAAGAGACCACACAUCUGGGGCUGCCGUGGCGCAUGCUCAAGGACAAACUCGUGCGCACGGACCCCGACACGCGCAGGGUGCGCUACAUGGAUACCUUUGAGCUCACUGCUAAUAAACUGGCACGUAAAGCAGACACGCAGACUGUGGUGGACACUCUUUACAAAAACAAGACUAGUUUAGAAGCUAUUUUUAAAAUCUUAGACAAGGAUAACUCAGGCUACAUAACCCUUGAAGAGUUCUCGGAAGCGUGUCAGCUCCUUGGUAAAUACAUGCCUAACCCGAUGACGCAAGAGCAGCUGGUGGACAUCUGCCGCCUGAUGGACAUUAACAAAGACGGGCUCGUCGACCUUAACGAGUUCCUUGAAAGCUUCCGGCUCGCGGAGAAGAGCCUUGAAGGCGACGACGAGGAGGACACUUGACAACAGCCCGACCGCCGCCCCUGCCGGACGGCGGUCGAUCGCGACGAAACCGGCGUCACUGUUGAGGUACUCAAACUCGACGAAGACACUAAAAUCAACAAGAAACCUAACAAAAAUGGACUCCAUCCCUUGGGCGAGAACGUUCCCAGCGUGUCCCAACAAAUCGAAGAGAUAGAGUUGAUAGAUUGUGACGAGACGCCGCGCCGGCCUGGCCUGCUCGAAAGCGACAUGUAACGCCGCUGUAUGAAACUCAGACCCUUUGAUGGAAGCAUUUACUUGCGAUUUUAAACAUCCGUCUUUCCUUGCUAAAAGCAAGUGGAAGUGGCAAGCUUUAUAAAGCGGUGAUAAACUCCACUUGCCGCAUGUUUGUGGAUAUUCUCUAUUUUGAUAUUAAUGUCGGUUGUAUGCAUUAUGUUGCAAAGUUUUGCUUAGUUGUUUAUAAGAUGAGAGUAUUUUAUAUACGUGUGCGCUGUUAAAUUAAAUUGAAGCUUUAUCCGUGAUAAACUUUUGUAAAUCUAUUUCUACUCGUCUAAGUUCAUUGUAAGUAUGACAGCAUUUAUCGUCAGUAUAAUUUUUUCGUCUCUUUAUAGGUAAAUGACGUAUCAUUUGGGUAUCUUUGGAUAUCUGGACCUUUAUAUCGUCGAUGACCGCUGGCAUGCUGGAACUUUGUCGUAAACGAAUUAUUAGUAAUUUCGAUCAAUACUCUUAUCAUAAAUACUAGUGUUAAAAUAUCAAUCUGAUACAAAAAAAACCUACCGUGAAACAGUCCAGUUUUAUACCGGCUGUGGCCUGUAACAUGAGCAAAAAUUAAAACAUAGAUUGUACUCCUCAAACGAUGACACUUUUGUUCAACAACUUUAAAAAAUUAUGAAUUAUUUAGACUCCCUAUUUUUCAUACAAAAUAAAUAUUAUCUUCAAUGGACGCCAUCGCCAUAUCAUUGUGAUUGACGUUGCUUGUCAAGCCUUAAACUUAACCCUACAAGUGGCAACGUCACUUUUCAGUAGUUGGAAUUUAAACUUUACAUGAAUUAGUAAAAUUUUAUAAAUUUAAUUAAAGUAAUCGACCACGAGCCUGCGGCCUGCCACUUGAAGGGAUAACAAAAUUCGCAAUACAUUGCGUCUUAGAAUAAACUUUAAAGUGUAUUAAAAAUCAAACCACAAGUUAUUUUUAAAAGUUGCUGAACUAAUGUUGGUCAAUAUGCGAAGUACAGCCUACAGUUUAAUUUUUGCUCGUAUUACAGGCCACACCCGGUAUACCUACUUAGUCCGAAUUUGCCCAUUGAGAAAUUAUGGAAAAUUAUUCCUAUAUCGAUAUACAUAUGAUAAAAUGGUCAGUUUGAUUAUAUGUAUUACUUAUGCAGUUCGUGGUUUGAGUUCCUACUAUUGACUAAUGAUUCAUACAGUCCCCUACUACUUAACUAUUCUCUCGGCGUGAACUCCAGCGAAAAGUGGACGGUUUCACGUUACGUACGUCCUAUUUCCUCAAUCGUUCUUCCUUAUGUAAAAAAUAAUAAAAUUCAAUUCUAAACUUUGUGCUUUUAAAAUUUCACUAUUAGUAGGUAUAAAAAUAUUAAAAAUUCGUAAGACAUUAGACCAAUAAUUUAAAAUGAUGAAAAUUAACUAACUUAAUAUAUAAAUAACUUUUCUAGUCUUAACAUUUUGUUUCAUGAAUCGGUGCCAAUUAUUGAGCAAAUUAGGUAUAUUGUAUCGUAUGUUCAGUAUGAAAAACAAACUAAUAAUUGAUAAAUUUAAAACUAACGAAUGGGAACAAUGUCAUUAAAUCCUUUACUCAAUUUUAACGAAACUUUGUAUUUGUAUUUUUAUAGGACCUACUGUAAUAAUAAUAAUUUGUAUUUAUUCACGAAAACUGCACUGGAAAUAUUUUUCCAAUUUUAACUAUGUAUCUACCUAUUAGCCAAUAUAAACCGGUGCGGUUCCAAUGAUGUAGAAAAAAUAUUUACCUAGGUAUACUUGAAAUAAAUAAAAAUUUAUAAACAAUUUUAAUAUAAGGUAUAUGCCUAUUUAUGAACAUAAACAUUUUCGGCGUGUCUAGUAAGAGUACAUAGUACAUUUUCAUAUACAUAUCUCUAUAUUCAAUUAUUAAGCAUUCCAAUGCAGUAGGGUACCAGGCUUACGCGUCGCAAUUUUUAGCCUAUUUUAGCCAAAGGCAACCUAUGCAUUUCGAAGUCUUUUCUCUGUAGCCUGAAUUAUUGUACCUAUUUGUGUAUUCACUAUUAUUAAAGAGAAUAGAGUGUAUAGAGGCGGAUUGUCAAAGUAAAUUAUGUAGCCAAUGUAAAUUUACUGCCAUCUUUCGACAGAAGAUUAAAACUGUUAGAACGCCAUUAGACUUUAAUCCUUAUUCUUUCACUGAUAUGUGUUAAUCUAUUAAAUAUUGAAAUUUUGGGCAAAGGUAAUGGCGCCAUCGCUCGAAAAGAUUGCACCAGACCUUUGGCCUACUCUCGAGUAGAUGGCGUUAAUUUUAUAUUUGACAAGUUAACACAUAUCAGUGAAAGAAUAAUGAUCAAAGUCAAAUGGCGUUCUAACAGGUUUAAUCUUCUGUCGAAAGAUGGCAGUAAAUGUACUGUAGCUACAUAAUUUACCACGACAGUAACUCUCUAUUUCAAAUUCAAUUUGCUAUUAUUGUCUUUAAAAACUCUUUAUUAUCUCUAUUCUAAUGUAAGUAGAUAAUCGUACAAUAACUGUAAUCCACUACUUGUACUAUUUUAAGUCAUUCUUCUUCAACGAUUAUUCUUGCAUUACGGGAUUGUAGCCAAUAUGCCGAUUUCUUCGUAAUUGUCCAUUAAAAUGUGAUAUUGCUCAUGAAAA